AUGGUGCUAUAUCGACGCAAGAAGAAGGAGAGUGUUGCAGUCAUGACACAGGAACAAGAUCGACUCGAGAACGAGCUGAAGGCGAAAGUCGCAGCGAUUGAAGUAGCACCCGAAACUUCUGGCGACACGCCGGCUCGGCCAAUUGAGGUCGCAUUCCAGCGGCUCAGGACUGAGAGCACUCUCCUGGUCAGGCAGAACAUGGUUCUACAGGAGCACGUACACCUCCACCGCGGUUUCCGUGGGUAUAUUCAGCGCAACUGUGACGAGUUCCUUCGUGAGCUUUCCGGAACGGAUACCGUCAGCUCGAGUCCGAAACAACAGGUUCGUUCCUCCCGCACUAUCCAACCAUUAAUCUGCAACUCGCCCUGGGUUGCACUGUCACGGCAGCAAGCGGAUGGCUUCCGCGUUCUCUUCUCGAGUGGUGAGCCAUCAUUUUACCUUCCCGGCGAUAUGCACACGCGCUUCUUCCAGCUCGUGACGCGACAGGUGACGGUUAACGAAGCACAGAAUCGAUCGGUUCGGUUCGUUGUACCGGUAGUUGCUGCGGACUCGAGUGACAACGCAAGAAGCCGCGCCGCGGAAGACCCCUGUGUCCGCUGGGUUGUGGAGGGAGGCCACUCGGUCAAGUUCACGGAAGUGAACGAAAGCACGCUUGAUAUCGAGUAUGACCAUUGGGCCGUUUGCGAGGACGAACCGCACGAUAGGCCCCACAUGUGUGCGGACGUGAGCGAGCUACUGACUCUACUCUAA